GUCGGGAGUGAGGGGCACCAGCAGAGCUGGGCUAUCGGGGGGCUGCGGGUUGGGAGUGAGGGGCACCAGCAGACCUCGGGGAGGGGGCAGGCUGGGCCCUGCGGUCUCCUCCCUCGCGUGACCUCGGGAGCUGGGGAAGGGAAGUGAACGUCCCCGUGUCUUGUGUAAGGGCCCUGAAUCGCCGCCCGGCUGGGGAUGAUGCAGGCGCCUGGGCACUGACGCAGGCUCCCCGCGUCCAGGAACGGGCACAGAGUGUCCCGAGACCAGGGGGAGGGGAGGCCAAGAGCUUCUCUGGGGAAUGUCCCCCAAUGAGCUGGGGCGGGGGGGGGGGCAGGGCUGGGCUAGCAGGGGCUGCAGGUCGGGAGUGAGGGGCACCGGCAGGGCUGGGCUAGCAGGGACUGCAGGUCAGGAGUGAGGGGCACCGACCCCCCCAUCCCCUCAGGACCCCACACACACACACACACACACUGUCCUUGUGCGAGUGUCUCUGGGGAGCGGCCUGACGUGUGGGUUGUUCCCAGGCUCGACCCCGGCUCCCAGCCCUGCCCGGCUGGCAUCGGACGACCCUGCCCGUGUCCUUUCUGGAGCUCUCUCUUCCCACCACCCUUCCUCAGUCUCCCAUCCCUGUGUGCUGGCGCCCGCCGUCCCGUCAUCUCUCCUCCAUCUCCUCGUUCCGUCUCCCCUCGUCUUCCUCGGCUUUUCCCUCCCUCCCUCUUCCAGUUCUCUUCAUCCGCUCGCUCUCCAUCCCGCAGCCGAACCUCCUUUUCGUUUCUCCCUGACUCCUUCCUUCCUUCCUUUCCCGCCUUUUCCCUCCCUCUUUCUUCUUUCAUUCAGCCCUUCGUCCCCUCAGCGGUGCCAUCGCUCGCUGGGUUAUUCCUUCAUUCACUCUCUGUCACUUUCCUUUCUUCUCUCACCCUUUCAUUGCCCCGUCCCAGCGUCUGUUCUGUCCUCUCCUUCUUCCUUAACUCGCCUCUUUCUUUCUGUCCUUUUCUAUCCUUUAUUUGCACCCAUUUUAUUUCUAUUUUUAUCCAUUUUCUUUCCUUCUUUCUAUCCUUUUUUUCUCUCUAUCCAUUUUCCAUCCUCUCUCCAUCCAUUUGUCUUUGGUUUUUUCUUUCUUUCCUCCAUUUUUAUCAUGUUUUUCUUUCUAUCCUUGAAUUUCCCUUUUGCAUUCUUUCUUCUGUCCAGUUUCCUUUCCUUUUCCCUUUUCUUUUGUUCAUUCUUUCUUCUCGUGUCUUUGUUUGUUCCUGCCCUCCCCCCCGUGUCUCCGCACACACCCCCCGUCACACCCCUGGCGUCACACCCUUGGCUCCCCGUCAGGAUGACCCAGGAGGAAGGCUCUGGCGUCCUGCUCACAUCACAGCUGGGUUGGGACGGGGUGACUCACGCAGGAAUUCCCGCCCCGGCCCUGAGCUCGGUGCCAUAUAAGCCCUGAACCCGUCCCGCCCUGAGCAGAUGUCUGCCAACCCCGGCGCCCAGCCGCACGUCCCAGGGGGCACCAUGGUGAAGUUCGGGGCAGGCCUCAGGCCUGUGGAUCCUGCCCGUGGCUCCGGCUUGCUCUGCUCGGCUUGUGGCUUCCUGCUUAUCCGGCCCCAGCAGACAGAGUGUGGCCACCGGUACUGUGCCGCCUGCGUCCAGCGACUGCUGGGGGACACAGACAAGGUGACCUGCUGCGUUUGUAGCAAGAGACUGAACCCCAACCAGAUUUACAGGGACCGAGCAGCCGAGAAAGACGCUCUCAGCACGGCCGUGACCUGCCCCAGAGCCAGCUGCAGCUGGAGGGGGACCCUGGCUUCCUACCUGGAUCACCUCUGCCCCCCAGCAGCGAGUCCCGGCCCGGAGGAGAAGUCAGCUCCGAAGGACCCGGAGGCCCACGCAAUGGACGCCCCAUCCCUGGCUCUCCAGCGGCGGAUACAGCAGCUGGAGUUUAUCGUGACAUCCCUGCACCAGGAGCUCCAGAGCCAGGCUGGUGCCAUGGAGGCUCUGCGGCGCCGGUGCCUCCAGGACCUGCCGUCCCCGGGGGUCUCCGCGGAGCCGCCCGGCUGCUCCCAUGGGGCCCGGGGAGCCAUGGCGAUGUCCUCGGAGCUGGCCAGCACCAACGGGACCCUGGUCUGGAAGCUCCAAGAGUUCUCCAAGCUGCUGGGGGACGCCAAGGCCGGGAGGAGAACGUCCAUCUACUCCUCAGUCUUUGCCACCCGCCCCUUCGGCUACCGGCUCUGCCUCCGGCUCUACCCGGACGGGGAUGGGGCCGGCCAGGGCACCCACCUCUCGCUGUUCAUGGCCUUGGCCAGGGGGCCCUACGAUGAUCUCCUGCCGUGGCCUUUCCUCCGCAAGGUCACCUUCUACCUCCUGGAUCCCUGGCGGCGGAGGCCGGCCCUGAGGGAGAUGUUCGCCCCCGAUCCCUGCAGCACGUCCUUCCAGCAGCCCCGGGGCCAGCUCAACGUGGCUAGCGGGAGCCCCCUCUUUGCCCCCCAUGGACAGCUCCAAAACUACCUCAAAGACGACACCCUCUACGUCAAGGUGGUGGUGGACACGUCCGGGAUGGAGGUGUGAGCUUUGGGGGCGGGGGGUUCCUCUGCUCCCAUAGCCUCCUGACUCUUCCUAUUCCUCCCUCAGCCCCCUAAAGCUCUGACCCCCAAUGCUGCGCCCUACCACCCGCCAGCUCGCCUGCCAAAGCCUUAGAAAGUGCCUGUCUUGAGCACUAGCGGCUCAGAAGCCUUCCAGCUGCCAAAGGCUUGAUGUGGUGGGAGUUACCCUUGCGGCUCAGCACACUACACACAUGUUGGGCUUUCAAAGCUAAGCAGCAGGGGGCUUGUUUUGAGACUGGAUGGGAGACCUCAGAUCCCCGUGCUCAGCAGGCACCUGGCUGUUUGGGGGCUUGGAGGGGAGAUGGGGUUGAGCAGGGGGGACCCCUCCCCAAUGCUCAGCAGGGCCUGGCUCGUUUGUGCAGGUGGAUGGGAGACUAAUUUGCCGGCCACGGGGUUGUCUUGCUUCUCUGGCCGAUGAUAAUUUAUGACCGUUAAUAACGACCGGUGCUGCAGGACGGCACUCGCGGGUUUAUCUAAGCAGUGAAUUGUCUAUUUAUCUAUUUAUGUAUUUAUUGGCUGGCUGCUGGUGCCUGGGGCUGAGCCGUUCCCCCGGGGGAAGGAGAAGUCUGUAUGUGUGUGUGUUUGUGUGUAUAUAUGUAUGUGUGUGUGUGUGUGAAGCACAGUGAAUCCGGCCCCUGUGCACAGUCACAUCCUAGGACACAUCCGGCUGCCCCACCCCGUAUUUAUCGCCAGCGUGUGGUUUAUUUAUUGUCUGAUAUUGUAAUAAAAAUCUCUGUGCA